AUGGAUAUUCAUCGCUGCCGUUUCGUACCCUACCCUCCAUCUGCUAUAAACGCAAUUGCCUUUUCUUACUCGAUCGUAACCAGAGCACAGAAAGCCUCGCCCGUCCGAUUAGCCAUCGGUCGCGCCAACGGCGACAUCGAGAUAUGGAAUCCCUCGAAUGGGUUAUGGCACCAAGAGACUGUUUUACAUGGAGGAAAGGACAGAAGUAUUGAUGGACUUGUAUGGGUCACCGAACCUGACCAAGUGCUUCAGGAUGGCACCAAGCUUAUUGGAAAGGCGAGGCUGUUUAGUAUUGGCUACACAAGUACUAUUACCGAAUGGGAUUUAGAAAAAGGACGGCCAAAGAAGCAGGCGAGCGGCAUGCAUGGUGAUAUAUGGUGUCUAGCUGCUCAACCCUUCGUAGUCACUCCGAAGAAUGGCGACAAGUCGUCCACGAAUGCGGCCGUGCAAAACUCCAAGAAACUCGUCGCGGGCACCAUGGACGGCAGUCUCAUUCUCUACUCUAUCGACGAUGAUGACCUCCGGUUCGAAAAGAUAUUAGUGAGAUCCUCGUCUAAGAAGACUAAGAUGGUUAGCAUCGCUUUCCAAAAUCGCAACGUCGUCGUCGUGGGAUGUUCCGACAGCGCUAUCCGGGUCUACGAUAUGCGCAACGGCAAUGUCUUGCGAAAGAUGACGCUAGGCUCCGACCUUUCUGGUGGCGCUAAGGAGAUCAUUGUAUGGUCUGUAAAAUGUCUCAAUGGGCGCGACAUCGUCUCGGGAGACUCCACCGGCCAAGUCUGUAUAUGGGAUGGCAAGACUUACACACAGGCUCAAAGACUACAGACCCAUAACCAAGACGUACUUUCUCUCGCGACGAGUGCCGAUGGAUCGACCAUAGUCAGUGGUGGAAUGGAUCGGAGGACUGUUCUAUACAGGAAGACCUCGGGCUCGACGUCAAGAUGGGGCAAGAUUUGGCAUCGGAGAUAUCACAGCCAUGACGUCAAAACCAUGGCAUCAUUUGAAGGAAAUGGCUUGAGUGUGGUUGUCUCAGGAGGCCCGGAUGCUAGCCCGAUCGUGCUGCCUCUGCGAGAGGCCGGUAUGGAGCAUCACCGAACUCUAUCACAUCUACCCCAGGACCCGCCAUUACAGAGUGCGCCGAGAAGUCGGCUGAUCGUUAGUUGGUGGGAAAGAGAAGUGCAUGUCUGGCGCCUGCGCAAACCGCUUCGAGAUUUGGUAGAUCAGCCAGAUGGAGAGUCAGCUGUGGAAAAGAACCGCAAACUUCUCGCAAGGAUAUUGAUAAAGGGUGAGGCGAACAUCACAUCUGCGACAGUCAGCCAAGAUGGGUCCUUACUUGUAGUAUCUACAACAUCUGAUAUCAAGGCGUUUUAUCUCAGAACUCGAAGCGAGGCCAAGAAGGAUGAAAUAAAGAUCUUUAAAGUCGAGAUGCCAGAAGAAUUUGCUAAGCAAGGCGCCACCCGGGUCCAGAUUUCUCCAGAUGGGAGAUGGUUAUGCGCCAUUCAAGGGGGUGGCAAGGCUUUCGCGUUGUCGAUACUACGGGACUCUGCUUCAAAUGAUAAACCGGUAAUUCACCCUAAGACAAUACGAUUACAUCGUAUCGAGAGAAAGGUACAGAAAAAUUUGUCUCUGGGAGGCCUUGGGCUUUACGACAGAACAAUAACCCAUAUCGCAUUCUCCCCUGAUAGCAAGAUGCUUGCCGUUGCAGAUUUGGCUGGCUAUAUAGACACUUGGGUGCUGAAGACCCCACAACCAACCCUGCAAAACGGUGCUAAUGGGGUCCACGAUGAUGUGUCCGGUAGCGAGGACGAGGAACAAUAUGAGGAGGGUACCGAGGGUCCGCGAUGGACUCGCAAUCCAAACGGCUCUCUUAUCCCUAAACUACAAGCCGCUCCUACCGUUCUGUCUUUUUCCAAUCACAUACCGAAGUCACAACCUUCCACGACGAAUGACGACGAUGAAAUCGCGGAUGACUACACCCUUCUUACCGUUACUGCGAAACCGCAAGUUCUACUCAUCAACCCUAGUAUUGGACUAUUGGCUGCCUGGUCGAGACGGAAUCCAAUCGCCCGAUUUCCUAUCGAGUUUCGAAAUACUCGCGACCUGGUCAAAGGUGCUCUCUGGGCGGGAGAGAGGGUCUGGCUUUAUGGAAACUCAUUUGUGUUCAUGCUAGAUAUAGCCCAGGACUUAGCUAAACCGGCUCAACUUGACGACUCGUCUAACAAGAAGGCCUUGAAGCACGGCACGAAACGGAAGCGGGGACCUGAUACUGGUGCGGGUAACAAGAUGGAAAUAGGGGCUGCGGGACCAACGAAAGUCAUUUGCCGAGCCAAGGGCGAAUCAACGGAAGAGAUUGCUCUGGAUGGUUCCACGUCCGAUCCUAUAGACGAAGACGAGGCUAGCCAGGCUGCAGGGGAGAGUGAGAGCGAUGACUCGGAUGAGGAUAUCCGAGGUGAACUUGCUCUUCUGCGAGGUGGCCAAGGCAAGUCUGCAUCAGAAUCACAACCCACUACGAAGAAAUUGGCUUUUUGGCAUACCUACAAAUACCGACCGAUUAUGGGAAUAAUCCCACUUGUUACUGAAGAAGACAUAUACCAAAACGGGGUGACUGGGGUAGAGCAACUUGAGAAACGAAGGGAAACGAUCGAGGUGGCGUUGGUGGAGAGGCCGUUGUGGGAUGUGGAGAUGCCGGAUCGAUACUUUGGAGACGGGGAAUUUGAGAAGUAA